AUCAAAACCACAUUUGAAGCUCAUAACUAUUCUUUCUCUGUGGAGAAAAAAAGCAUAGAUUUUUCUACUAUAGUGUGACGAGUAUUGUUGUGGCCAUUGUGCUGUUAUCACAAUUUCCAUUCUACUAUUAUCUCUGGAAUUGGCCUCAAUCAUGGGUAGACCUAUGUGGUAAAGAAAGAGACCCUUCAAAGAUUAUGGCUUACAUUGGUCAUUUCUUGAAGCUCCUUCAAUUCAUUUCACUAAUCUCUGUCUCUUCUUUUCAUUGGCCUCCUUUUUACUUCUGGCCUCUUUUUGCAUUUGGACAGUUCCUUAACUUCAGGGUUUAUCAGCUGCUUGGUGAAGCCGGGACAUACUAUGGCAUACGCUUUGGAAAAACGAUUCCGUGGGUGACCGAAUUCCCUUUUGGAGUCAUCAGUGAUCCUCAAUAUAUUGGCAGCAUCAUGAGUAUUGUUGCAUGUCUUACAUGGGUUCCUUAUCAGUACAUUCUCCUGUGGGUUUUAGGAUACGUGUUUAUGAUCCACGUUGAAUCGAAGGAAGAUCCAUCGACUCGUGCCAAGCCACUGAAUUGAUUUAUUUUCAGUAGAUUAGAUAUAACCUGAAGGGUUCAGUAGCAUCUGAGGUGCAAAAUUCU